CGGCCGAAAGAGCGAGAGGGCGGGUGGCAGAGGCCUCAGAUGACAAGAUGGUGACGCUACAGGAGAACGACGGAGACAAAAAUGACGUCCUGCGGCAAAAGAGGCGCCACGAAAAACACUUUGUUUAUGACUUGGCUUUCGGAGAGGAUUCGUCACAGAAACAACUCUACGAAAAGACGACCAAGCCGCUGAUCGGCGACGUUCUUCAGGGAUUUAACGCCACAGUUUUCGCCUACGGGCCGACAGGUGCCGGUAAAACGUACACGAUGGUCGGAACCGUGGAACAGCCGGGGAUCAUGGUCAGGGCAAUGAACGACCUCUUCAAGUACAUGGCCGAAAAGAAGGACGAACUCGAGUUCAAGAUGAGUCUCAGCUACCUCGAGAUUUAUAACGAGAACAUCCGCGACCUUCUGAAGCCGAGCAGUGGCACGCUGGAGUUGCGCGAGGACGCUAAGAAGGGCACCAUCGAGGUGGCCGGUCUCUCCGAGGUCUCCACCAUGAACACGAAGGAGGUGAUGAAGCUGUUGACCAAAGGUAACAAGGAGAGAACUAUGGAAUCUACGGCAGCCAACAGUACGUCAUCUCGCAGUCACGCGCUUCUCAUGGUGACCGUUCGCCAGCAGUCCCGAGUCAGGGACAUCCACGAAUCGGUCAAGGUCGGACGACUCUACAUGAUUGACCUCGCCGGGUCAGAGCGCGCAAAACGCACUAAGAACCAGGGUAAGCGCCUUCAGGAGGGUGCGCACAUCAACCGCUCGCUGCUCGCCCUGGGCAACUGCAUCAACGCGCUGGCGGUGAAGGGUGCCAAGUAUGUGAACUACCGCGACUCCAAGCUGACCAGACUUCUGAAGGACGCUCUCUCCGGUAACUGCCGAACAGUUAUGAUCGCGCACAUCAGCCCCGCCAUGGCGCAAAGAGAGGAGACGUUCAACACACUGGUCUACGCGGACCGAGCCAAGAAUAUCACCAACAAGGUCAAGAGAAACGUUUUGGACGUGACACACCAAGUUUCACAGUACCAGUCCAUCAUCGCCGAACUGAAAAACGAAAUCAGUCGACUCAAGAGCAAGAUGAGCUCAGACGAUCAGCACGACAGAGAGCCCGACAUGACGUCACAGCCCCGCAGUCGGGAACAGGAGGAGGAGCUACGGAAACUGCGAAAUGAGCUGAUGGAGUCCUUCAGGGAGCAGAUGGAGCUCAGAAAGCAGAUGAUGGAAAUCGACAACGUGCUGCUCUGGCUGGCCAUGGAGUUUGAGAAGCAGACCAACUUUAUCAACGAGGUCGAACGGAAACGAGCCAUCAACGGAGUCACGCAGCCAGAUGAAGAUGACGAGGAUCUGAACAAUGCGAUGGACGACCUGCGCUACGUACAGCAGGAGGAACACAGAUACCAAGACAUCAGGAAAAACUGUGAAGCAGAUCUGAUCGAGGUCAAGGAGACGGCGAAAAAGUUAGAGGAGACUCUUCCGGAUAAGAUUUCAACAGAUGAGCAGCGUGAACUCCUUCAGCUGCUGCUCAAAACUCAUGAGCUGGAGAUAGAAAAUAUUGAGAUGCGCAGCAACCAGCUGCUGAAGGACCACGAACUGCGUCGGAGGGACCUGAUGAUACUGCGCUUCGACCGACAGCGUGCUCUCUGUGAUGAGAUCAUCAGCAGACAGCGUGACGUCAUACAAG